UCAAACUGUUACCUUUAAACUUCUCUCGCAAACUUUCAGCAUUCUUCUCUUGCAGUUCAGUCUAAUCAUCAAUGGCAGCAGGAAAUCUUUCCCUCGUUGUGAAACGCGUCCUGCAUUUGUUGGGUCCUCAUCAACAACAAGGCCUUCUUGGGGGAGUUGCAAAGACCGUUUCAAAGCUUGCUCCUCUGCUUCUAGAUGCAGAGAAAAAGAGUCAGCGUGACCUCUGUAUCAGAUACUGGCUCACGGAUCUUGAAGAUGUUCUCUAUGAUGUCGAUAACCUUCUUACUGAGAUUGAAAUUGAGAAGAAGAAGAAGAAGAAGAAGAAGAGUUUCCCAUCGCAGGUACGAACUAGUACUUAUUCUCAGGAAAUAAAACAAGUUAUGAAGAGACUAGAUGGUAUUGCAAUUGGGAGAAAAGAUUUUGAUUUGAAAAAGAUUAGUAGUGAAGCAGAAGCAGCAGAAGAAGAAGAAGAAGAAGUACACAGGUUAAGAAGAGGCGAAUCUUCUCCGACUAGCUAUUUAAACCAAGAGGAGUCGUUGGUUUUAUUUGAAAAAAUUGCUUUUGAAUCGAAGAGCGGAGGUGGGUCUAUGGCUUUGCUACAGCAGCAGCAACAGAUUAUUAUACGCAGGAGCAUUGGGAAUAAGAUUGUGCAGAGGUGUGGUGGUGGAGAUAGUCUUGCUAUAAAAGCAAUAGGAAGCAUGUUACGAUCUAAAAUAACUGUUGAACAGUUGCAAGAUUUCGAUACAGAAGAACUUUCGAAAAUGGAGGAGGAGGACUGCAACUUGCAUAAUCUUUUUCCUUUUACAGCAAGUUACUCAUCAAAUGAAGAAGCUGGUGAGGUUUUGCGAUUACUGAAGCUGUGUUAUGAUGAUCUUCCUUCUCCUUUAAAGCAUUGUUUCGCUUAUUGUAGCUUAUUUCCGAAACGUCACGUGAUUGGUGUUCAGAGGCUGAUCAAACUGUGGAUGGCGCAAGGCUUUAUUGUUAUUGAAGAAUCAGAGGAGAAAUCUAUGGAGGAUGUUGGAUAUCAGUAUGUUGUGGAUUUAAUUGAUAGAUACUUCUUGGAAGUGGUGGAAAGAGACUCAAAGGGAUCAAAGCAGGUGACGAAAUGCAAACUCCAUAAUUUGAUGUAUGAUCUUGCAAUACUUGUAACUGGUGACCAGUGCAGAUUGUUAGAUUCAGCAGCAGAUACUGCUCAGUGUCAGAAAAAUAGUAAAACUUUCCAUGCGUGUUUCAAUUUUGAUCCAUCUUCAACAGAAGAUGUUACCAUGUUUGAUGCGAAAAAGAUGAGGACGAUUUUUUUGUCGGGUCAAUCAAGGCGAAUAUACAGAGGAAUUGGUGUUGGAAAAAUCUUUGAAAAAAUAACUUACAAGUUCAGAUUUUUAUUGGCACUAGAUAUGCAAGCUUCGGGACUUGAAAUAGUGCCAAAUUCUAUUGGAAAGUUGAAACUUUUGAAGUAUCUUGAUCUUUCGGAGAAUGAAGAACUCACAAUGUUGCCUAAUUCCAUUACAGAACUUAUCGAUUUGCAAACAUUGAUACUUUCUAAAUGUUUUAAGCUGGAAAAGCUGCCGAAAGACUUUACUAAUCUGGUCAAUCUGCGACACUUUGAGAUCGAUGGAUGCAACAAUUUGGCUAAUCUUUCGCCACAAAUCAAAAACCUCAGUCAUCUUAAGGAGUUAUCACAACUUGUAUUAAGUGUAGAAUCAUCCUCCUCCUCCUCUCGGCAGCAACAUGGCAUAAAGGAAAAGAAGAUGUUGCCAGAAUCAAGCGAGCUCAUACAACAGUUCAAAAUAAAAAAUUUGAGACUUAAAAACUUGAGACAUGAAGAAACAGCAAUCCAGUAUUUGAGGGCUGUACCAUCUGAAAUUCAAUCCUUGUCAUUAGAAUGGAGAGUCGAUAAAUGGAACAAGUCUGUAUACGGGGAGCUACCUCUUCACAAUAAUCUACUUUCUUAUCUUGAAGAAUUGUCUAUUAAUGGAUUCAAGGGUGUUAUAGUGCGUUGUCCUAGCUCCCAAUUUUCAAGUAAGCUAGUGAAACUUUCAUUAAGCAGAUGCUCAAAUUGCAAAAAUCUACAAGCUAUUCAUCAGAUUCAUGGUCUGAAGGUGUUAGUCCUAGAAUAUCUUGACAAUCUAGAAUACAUUUUGGUUGGUCAUGAAUUAUUCUUUUCAUCGACAAACAAUCCAAAUCUAUUUUCGAGCCUAGAAAGACUCUGGCUCACAGAUCUGCCUAAGCUACAGGGAUGGUGUGAAUACAAUUACAUCAAUGUGUUGCCUUCAUUAACUAAACUUGUUAUUGAAAAUUGUCCGAAGCUGUCUUCUAUGCCACGCUUUCCAGAUCUAAAAGAAGGUCUAGUUAUGGACAGGACUAGCUGGAAGCUGCUCGAUAUGACAAUGAACCGUUGUACAUCAUCAUCAUCAUCAUCAUCAACAACAACAACAGCAGCAACAACAUCCCUUAAUCCUUUUUCCAAUUUGGAAAGUAUAUGUAUUGUAGACAUUGAAGACUUCAAAGAUGAUAUUCCAUGGUCGACUUUGAAUAAACUACGGUUCUUGAGAUUUGACUGCAUUAAGGAACUGGAUACUCUUCCAUCUAAGCUCCAAGAUGUUUUGAGCUUACAAGAACUACAGGUUUGGCGGUGUCCUAUCAAAGAAAUUCCAAGUUGGAUCACAAAGUUCAAAAAGCUUGAGAAACUUGUGUUUGGUGUAUGCCCCCUUUUGAAAGAACUACCUGAAAAUUUCAGUAGAGUUCAAAUUCAGACACUUGAGAUUAAGGACUGUAACAUGUUAUUGAGGAGAUUGGAAGUGGGCAAAGGUGCAGAUUGGAGUAAGAUUAAAUUUAUCCCUGAAAAAAAGUUGGGUCCAAUUUCAGGGAGAUGAUCUCAUAGUAAUUUAUGUAUCAUUGGAUUUCUCUUUCACUGAACUGUUUAAUAUAGACUGAUAAUCUCCAUAGCAAAUUGAUUUCAUUUUUCUAUUU